UACGGGAGUAUGCUGCUUGCAGAGGCUCUGCUGGAAGAAUGUUUGAAGGAGAACUUUGCCAAACUGAAGGACUCCAUUCCAUUGACAGAGAAGAAUGAGCCAAAACUGAGUGAAGCUAAACAGUAUCUGACCAAUACCUUAAGCAGAGGAAAGCUACGACCUACGUAUAUGACAGAGGCUAUGCUGAUCCUAGGAAAGCUUCAUUAUGUGGAGGGAUCCUACCGAGAUGCCAUCAGCAUGUAUGCAAGAGCAGGCAUUGAUGACCUCUCCACAAAAGAUAAACCUCUGUACGUGAUGCGUUUGGUAGCUGAAGCCUUCGUUAUUAAAGGUCUCUCACUGGAGCGCUCAACCAACUCAAUCGUCUCACGUGCUCGGUUGUGUGAAAGAGAGGAAGAAGUCACGGCUUGUUUUGAGACAGCAUGUGUCAUUACCCAGGUGUACCUGCAGGAUCUUGAAAAGACCUUAAACAACACACAUUCAAGGAGUAUCAAGGGCAGCAAUGUGACUUACUCUGAGUUUGAACUUUCCUACUUCCUGGAAGCAGCUCUACAGAGUGCCUAUGUGACUCAUUUAAAGAAGGGAAAUAUUGUGAAAGGAAUGAGGAGUCUGCGAGAAAUACUACGGACUGUGGAAACAAAAGCUACUCAGACCUUCAAAAUGACUGCAGCCAAACAGCUAGCCCAAGUACUUCUCCAUUCCCUCAGUGAAGACUGUUACUGGAGCCCUUUAUCUGAUCCGCUUCCUGAGUUCAUGAACAAGGAAGAUCAGUCUUACGUUAGCAAUCUUCUUUGUCGAAGGCCUGAGCUGUACACAGAAGAGAAUGUAUACUGCCCUCAAGACAACGUAGAAGAGGCUCUCCUUCUCCUCUUAAUCAGUGAAUCCAUGGCAAACCGGGACGCGGUGAUCAGCCGAGCCCCAGACCAGCGGGAUGACCGAGCUGUCAGCCUCCGGGAUGCUUCUGCAGUCUACGACCUCCUCAGUAUCACGCUGGGCAGGAGAGGGCAGUAUGUCAUGCUUUCCGAGUGCUUGGAGAGAGCCAUGAAGUUUGCGUUUGAUGAAUUUCACCUCUGGUACCAGCUUGCCCUGUCCAUGGUGGCUUGUGGAAAGUCAGCAUAUGCUGUGUCAGUGCUUAAAGAGUGUGCUAAACUGCGACCUACAGAUCCCACCGUUCCUCUUCUGGCUGCCAAGGUCUGCAUUGGGUCAUUGCACUGGCUGGAAGAAGGAGAAUACUUUGCUAAAAUGGUGAUAGACCUCGGUGAGGAUGCUGGAGAGUCCUUAGCAAAGGGUUACCUGGCACUGGGCCUGACAUACAGUCUUCAAGCUACUGAUGCUACUCUGAAGGACACUCAGGAUGAAUUAAACAAGAAAGCACUUCAGGCUUUGGAGAGAGCAUAUGACUUGGCCCGGGAAGAUCACCAAAUCAUCCUCUACCUAUCACUGCAGCUGGCUCUUGUCAGACAG